AUGAGUACGAAUUCAGGCGAGCACACCAAACAUUUUUCAGCGAUAGCCGUUGCUAGUUCCAUUUAUGAUUGUUUAAGCCAUGUACAAAACAAGUCGCUGUGGGAGUUGAUAGAAAAUUCCCUCAUUGAGACAUCACACCCAGUGCAGCAGUUCUCCAUCACCUAUCAGAGGAAACAAGAGAAUAAUCCAUCCAACAAAAUGAAAUUCCUUAUUUUGUCUUUGGCUUUGGUUGCCGGCGUAAUGGCCGAUGUUUCCGAAUUGACUGGCUACAACUAUCAUGAACCUGCUCCAAGUGGUGGUUUCGGUGGCGGUCAUGGUGGACAUGGUGGAAGUUUCGGUGCUGGUGCCAGUGGUUUUGUAGCCGAUACCCCAUCUAACAGUUACCUGCCAGCAGCUGCUCCAGCUCCUGCUCCAUCUUUUGCCCCUCAAGCUGCUCCAGCUCCUUCGUUUGCUCCAGAACCAGCACCUGUUUUCGCCCCACAGGCUGCUCCAGCCCCAGCUCCUUCCUUCGCUCCUGCCCCAGCUCCAUCUUUUGCCCCUCAAGCCGCCCCAGCUCCUGCUCCUUCUUAUGCUCCAGCCCCAGCUCCUUCCUUCGCCCCUCAAGCUGCCCCAGCUCCAUCUUUCGCUCCUCAAGCUGCCCCAGCCCCAUCCUUCGCUCCUCAAGCUGCCCCAGCCCCAUCCUUCGCUCCUCAAGCUGCACCUUCCAGCUCUUAUCUUCCUCCUGCCUCCGGUCCUAGCUAUGGCGGUGCUUCUUCUGGCGGAUUUAGUGGUGCCUCAUCUGGUGCUUUCGGUGGUGCUUCAGCUGGUGGUUUCAGUGGUGCUUCUUCUGGUGGUUCUUUCGGUGGUGCCUCUGAAGGUUCCUUCGGUGGAGUAUCUGCCCCAUCCAGCUCAUACCUUCCCCCCGCAUCUGGGCCUAGCUUCGGUGGCUCAUCUUCUGGUGGAUUCAGCGGUGCCUCAGCUGGUGCUUCUUCUGGCAGCUUCGGUGGUGCCUCAUCCGGUAGCUUCGGUGGUGCCUCAUCUGGUGCUUUCGGUGGCGCUUCCGAGGGCUCUUUCGGUGGUGUUUCAGCACCUUCCAGCUCUUACCUGCCCCCUGUAUCUGCUCCUAGCUUUGGUGGUGCCUCAUCUGGCGGUUUCAGCGGUGCCUCAGCUGGUGCUUCAUCUGGUAGCUUCGGUGGUGCCUCCUCCGGCGGCUUCUCUGGCGCAUCUGCUGGUGCUGUCUCUGCUCCAUCCAGCUCUUACAUUCCUCCUGCCUCCUCUGGCAGCUUCGGUGGUGCCUCCUCAGGUGCUUUCGGUGGUUCCUCAUCUGGUAGCUUUGGCGGUGCCUCUUCUGGCAGUUUCGGUGGUGCUUCCGCUGGUGCCUCAUCUGGUUCUUUCGGUGGUGCCUCUGCAGGUGGUUUUGCCGAUUCUGCUGGUACCGCUAGCUAUGGUGAUGAUGGUUACCGUUACAAGACCGUCCGCCGCAUUGUCGUCCGUCACCGUUACUAA